AUGUCCUAUACAUCACAGUUGGACGCGUUUGUAUUGCGGCUCAACGAUAGUGCUAGCGAUUACAGGACCAAACACUCAAUUCUUUCAGAAUUAUUAGAUACGAUCGAGACAUUCAAUGGAGCAGCCGAGUAUGAAUACUUUCUCAAAUCGCUCAUGCCUGUAUUUCUCAAGCAGUUGGGCGAGGAGAUCCCGAUCUCAUUUAUUUCCACAAGUGCUGAGAACAAGACUAGAAAUAGUAUAUUGGAAAUUUUACAUCGUUCAAUAAUGAAUGACACAUUUCAGCCAUACUCGGAACCAGUGUUGGAUAUGUUGACCAAGAUAUUGACCGAGGAGAACGAAGAGAAUGGUGUAUUGUGUAUGAAGAUCAUCACAAGUUUGCACAAGGCGUACAAGGCAAACUUUUCCGAGAAAGUGCUGCCCUUCAUCAAGAUUAUCGAACAGAUUUAUGACAAUAUGGAUCAGACUGUAAAAGAUGUGUUUAUAGACGAAAGUGCUAAUGAAGAGACUAAAGAAGAAGCCAAGGAGGAAGCUAAAGAAGAAGCUAAAGAUGAAGGUAUGGAAGAAGCUAAAGAAGAAACUAAAGAUGAAGCUAUAGAAGAAGCCAAAGAGGAGGACAAAGAGGAAGCCAAAGAGGAAGCCAAAGAGGAAUCCAAGGAGGAAGCUAAAGAUGCAAACAAAGAAGAAGACAAGGUAGAAAAUACGAAAGAGGGAGAGGCAAACGUUGAACUGGAGAACCAAAAGAGUGAAGAAAAUGGUAAUGGCACCGUUGAAAAUGACGACGACUCAAAAGAUAGUACCACCACAGAUACAACAAAGGUAGUUGCUCCACCUACUACGUCAUUCAACGAGGAAACACUGACAAAGAUAUUGAGAAAAGCAAUGUUUUCGUUCAAAACUCUUGCCGAGUGUCCUAUAACAAUGGUAUCACUAUACUCCUCUUACAAGCAACUAGUGGCCACUUCGCUUUUACAAUUUUUACCAAAGAUAAUUCACAUUUUACAAUUACAAGUUGAAGAUCAAAAGCAACUACGUGAUGAAGCUAUAGCUAAUAAUGAGGUAUUGGUAUCCAUUUCACCAAAGAUAAAAAAUAGACAAGCAUACAGUGAACUCAUACUAGGCCAGGUCAAAGCAGCAUCGUUUUUGGCGUACGUGUUUAUUAGAGGAUAUGCUGGACAAUACCUCAAACCGGAAGAGAGCAAAUGCGUUCCCGACGUGAUACUUCGCUUAUUACAGGAUUGUCCUGCAGAACUAUCUGUUGCAAGAAAAGAGCUUUUACAUGCCACUCGACAUAUCUUGUCCACUCCUUUUAGAACUCAAUUUAUUCCAAAAUUGGACCUUUUGUUCAACGAGAAAAUCUUGAUCGGUGAGGGGUUGACUUCAUACGAGACUUUAAGGCCGUUGGCAUACUCCACUGUGGCAGACUUUAUCCAUAAUGUAAGAAAUGAACUUACACCAGCACAGAUAUGGUCAACAGUUCAUAUAUAUUGUAACCUCUUGAAAGAUGAUUCGUUGGCAUUAACAGUGCAAAUCAUGAGUGCCAAGUUGUUAUUGAACUUGGUCGAAAAGAUUAUGAAGCUUCCAAACAAAUUAGAAGGCCGUCAACUAUUUCUUAUCAUUAUUGACUCAUAUGCAAAGAGGUUUGAAAGUUUGAACCGCAAAUACGAUUACAUUAUAGCUAAGCACAAUGAACACGAAAAGAAAAAGAGUCUUAAAGAAAAAGAAUCUAAAAGGGCUAUUGAACGCUACUCAUCAAAGAACCAAACUAGAAAGGAUCAAAUUGAACAAGAACAAAAGUCAGACAAAGAGAAUAGCGAGAUGGAUGUGGAUAAAGAAGAAGCCGGAAAAGAUGCACGCCCCGAAGUUGAUGAACAACUUGGUCUCAAUUUUUUCAACAUUGACUCUUAUUCACCAAUAGCCACGUUACAGAACUCAGCAAACAAUUCUGAUGUGCUCAAAGAUGCUCGUUACUUGUUCAAAACUUUAAUGACAUUUUUAAAGUCAGUUGUAUUUGGGUUGAAAAAUUGUAAUCCACCGGUACCACCACAACCCGUUAGUACUGACCCUUCAAAACAACAGCAGGUAAACUAUGAUAAGUGGAACGAGUCUGCAAAACUCAUAUCUGGCGAGGAAGUCAAUAUUCUUCGAGCAUUAUUUCGUGAGGGUAUUAGCUGUCUUCGAUUCUUUGCUGCAUCGAAGCCUAAAGUUGCAUUGCCACAAAAGGCUUUUGACUACUCGACAGGAGGUACAAAUUUGCCAAUUACAUCUUCAAAGGAAGAGAAAGAUUUGAUGGAGAUUUUUGCCACUAUAUUUAUUAAUUUUGAUCCUGCAUCGUUUAAUGAAAUUGUUAGCUCAGAACUACCAUUUCUUUUUGAUUCUAUGCUUGACAAUGCUGCGUUAUUACACUUGCCCCAAUUCUUCCUUGCUAGUGAGGUUACCCUGGCGAACUUUUCGAGUAUAUUGAUCUCGUUUCUUAAAGGUAAAUUAGAUCAAUUGGGACAAGCUGAUAUUGUCAAGACAAGUAUUUUGACAAGGCUAUUUAAAUUAUGUUUUAUGUCGGUUAAUCUAUUUCCGGCAACAAAUGAAGCCGUUUUACUCCCACACUUGAAUUAUUUAAUUUUGGAAUCAUUAAAGCUAAGCACGAGAACCGAGGAGCCAAUAGUUUACUCAUAUUUGGUGCGUCUUUUAUUCCGAAGUAUUAGUGGAGGAAGAUUUGAAAAUCUUUACAAGGAAAUUAUGCCUAUUUUACCCGUAUUGUUGGAAAACUUGAACAAGAUGAUUGCAAAUGCUAAGCGACCAUACGAAAGAGACAUUUACGUUGAGCUUUGUUUAACUGUUCCAGUGCGUUUAUCAGUUUUGGUGCCUCAUCUUAGCUAUUUGACAAGACCAUUGGUUUAUGCAUUAAAUGGUUCUCAAGAAUUGGUAACUCAAGGUUUGCGUACGUUUGAGUUGUGUGUCGAUAAUUUGACUGCAGAGUACUUUGACCCUAUGAUUGAGCCGGUUAUUGAUGAUAUCAUGACAGCAUUGUGGAAGCAUUUGGAGCCAGUACCGUAUCAUCACCAGCAUAGUCACACAGCAAUACGAAUCUUGGGUAAAUUAGGUGGCAGGAACCAUAAAAAGAUCAAGCCAUGUGACACGUUGCAUACACAAACGGAUGUUGAUCAAGAGAUUAAGGCAUUGGUACAUGUGUAUGGUUUAAACGAUAAAGUCCCAAUAUCUAUAACCCCAGGUGUUGAAUCAGCUAUCAAGUUGUUGAAUGAUCGAAAGAUGAAAAUACAUUAUAGAAUCAGUGCAUACAAAUACCUUGCCAGUAUUUUGAAAUUGUUUGUUGAUACGACUCCAAUUCCUGAGAACUUUGUUCAAUAUGCACACGAAAGCGUUGAAUUUUUAUCUAAGGAAAGAAUCGACGAGAGCAUUCACAUUGACUUGCAACCACUGGAUAUUAAGGAUGCAGAGAAGUUGGAUCGCCAACAACAAUUGUUUCUGAAGUUAUUGGAAAUGUUGUACUUUGCCAUUUCUGUGCCUGAAUUAAAGGACGAGGCUAGUAAACUUAUUGAUGGCUUAACUACUCAUUUCACAAUAUUGCAUCUUGGCAGAUCUGUUAUUGACAAGAUAAAGAAGGAGCGUAAUUUUUCCGUGCAAGAUAAUGAGGGCAAAGCAUACAUUAGCGAAACUGCAUUCUUUGACGCAAUUACUUAUGCCUUGAGCUUUGGCGACAAAGAUGUUCGUGACAAAGGUAUUGAGACCGUGAAGAAGAUACACGAGACAACUGUAAUCAUAUUUGGUUCAGAAGAGAAUGCAUUAAUCUCACCAAUUUUCAGAUCAUUAUUUUACAAAUUUACGCACUGCUGCUAUAACGAAUUUUAUAAUGUCAAAUUGGGAGGUGUUCUUGGUCUCAGAACAAUGUUUCAUGAUUUACAAAUUCCUCACACGUGGUUUUACAAGAGACAAUUUGAGCUUUUGAGAUCACUUUUUUUCAUCUUGAGGGAUACCCCUGAUACUGCUCCAUAUGAAGUUUGCCAUUCAGCAAAAAGUUUGGUGAUUGAGCUUGUGAAAACAUGCAACAAGGAUCUCACAAGAGAAAUUGUGAUGGAAAAGCCAUUUCAAACACUUGUGGGUGCAUUAGUUUAUGAUUUGGCAAGCCCUACACCAACGGUGAGGGAAGUUGCACAGGAAUGUCUCAAGGUGUUAUCCGAAGUUACUUCAACGCCAAUUACAUCAAUUAUGGGACCAUGCAAACACUUGUUGUUGACGCCCAUUUUUGGCAAGCCACUUCGCGCACUACCAUUUCCUAUGCAAAUUGGGAACAUUGAUGCAAUCACAUUUUGUCUUGGUUUACCCGAUACAUUUUUAAGUUUUAACGAAGAGUUGAACAGGUUGCUUUUAGAAGCUUUGGCACUAGUGGAUGCUGAAGAUGAGUCGUUGGCCAAUGUUCACAGAUUAAAUGAAUAUAGAACAUCGAAACAAUUGGUUGAAUUGCGAGUUGUUUGUAUCAGAUUAUUGUCUUUGGCAUUAUCCAAACCAGACUUUUCAAUUGGGUCCUUGGCAGAAGCAAGAAUCAGAAUCUUGGGGGUGUUUUUUAAAGCAUUAUGUAAUAAGUCGACCGAAAUCAUCAAUGCUGCUCAUCAAGGACUCGCAUCGAGCUUGCAAGAGAAUGCUAAGUUGCCGAAAGAGCUUCUUCAAAACGGGUUGCGCCCAAUGUUGAUGAACUUGUCUGAUCACAAAAAGUUGACAGUUUCCGGAUUGGAAGCUCUUGCUCGUUUACUUGAGUUGUUAAUUUCGUACUUUAGAGUUGAGAUUGGAAGAAAAUUGCUUGACCAUUUGAUGGCAUGGGCUCAGAUCAACACGCUUCGUCAAAUUGCUGGUCAAAAUCUCGACAACAAUCAUACUGUACAAAUUGUUAUGGCCAUUUUGAAUAUCUUUCAUUUACUUCCUGCUAAAGCAUACACAUUUAUGGAAGAAAUAAUCAAUACCUUGCAGUAUUUGGAAGGACACUUGGAUCGCCAUUUAGACUCUCCAUUUAGGAAGCCAGUAUCAAAGUUUUUGAAUAGAUUUGCUGAGAAUUGUAUUGAGUACUUGGUGAACAAUUUCAAGAAUCGUAAAUUGGGAAAUAUGCUUGCAUCUAUUGCAGGAAUGGAUGGAUGCGAAAAUUUGAGACAGACUGCUCAGGAGAAGAUCCAAUUUCUCAUUGAAGAUAUAAAGGGCGAAGUUGACUUUGAAGCCAAAGUUGUCAAGUUAGCAAACUUUAUUGAUCUAUUUAAUGCAAUAGCGCAGCACGAUAAGGAAUGGUUUGAUAAUCAAAAAGAGCUACUCAUUAUUCUUUACGAGAUUGUGGGUGAUAUCAACAAAGUUAGUGCUACUCCUAUGUUAUCAAAUGCUCAUUUCCAAAACGAUCAAGCCAUAACGAAAUUGCAGCAUCUUGUUGUGGAAUAUCUUAAGAGAAACCAACACGACAUUGACCUUCUCAUCAAUGUCGUUGAUAGUCAUUGUCGAUUGAAACGCAAAGUUAGUAAUGAAUUGCAAGAUUUUAUUUUUAACGCUAUUGUUGCUUCAAGCGAUGUUGAUUUGCGUUUGCGAUACUUGAAUGAAACUGCUAGUUUUGUCAGCAAUCCAGAGCCAGGCAGGAGAUCCAAGAUUUUUAUGCUUAAGCAUAUUUUCAAUCCGAUUUUCAUCUAUGAGUUUGCCCGAAACAAAAAUGUCGAUGUAUUUUUUGCCACUGAACAAUUGUCGUCAUUGUCUUCAACUUCCGCAACAGUACUAGAACCGGGUACUUCAGCCUCCUCCUCUACUUCAUUGUCAUUUCCAUUUUGGUUACAAAGCAUCGACGAAAAUAUAUGGCAAUCCACGAAUGAUGUUAUUGUUAAUCCAACUUCAGGAAAGAUGGACGGUUAUAGGUAUGCCCUUUUGGAAACAACUGCAUUGUUAUUGAAGAUUGCUCCUCAAAAAGUUAGCGAGUUGCGUAAGGAUAUCAUCAAGUUUAGUUGGAAUUACAUUAAACUUGAUGACAAUAUUACUAAACAAGUUGCAUACGUUACGACAUCAUAUUUUAUUGCUGCCUACGAGACACCGGCCAAGUUGGCAACACAAGUGUUUGUUGCUCUUUUGCGUACUCAUCAAACAGAUUCUAGACAUUUGGUGAGGCAAGCAUUGGAUAUCUUGGCACCUGUGAUGUCAGAAAGGAUGAAGGACGAAGAGUCACCAGAUAAUUGGUUGAAAUGGCCAAGAAGAAUCAUUUCCGAGGAUGGAUUCAAUGUUACCCAGGUAUUGAAUGUUUACCAAUUCAUUGUUCAACAUCCGGACUUGUUUUUCAUUGCAAGGGAACAUUUCAUUGCCAAUAUAAUAACAGCAAUGGGUAAAUUGACAAUUUUGGCUAAUCCAGCGAUUGAGAAUCAAGUAUUGGCCAUUGAACUUGCUGAAUUGAUUCUUUACUGGGAAAGAAAAGCAAAGAAUGAAGCCAAGAAGUUGGAAGCAGGAUUAGCUAAUGGAGAUCAUGAUAUGGAUAUGGAUAUGGAUAUGGAUCUGAAUAUGGAUACGAAGAAACUGGAAAGCAACAAACAAGCAGAAGCAGAAGCAGAAACAGAAACAGAAGCAAAUGCAAAUGCAAAUGCAAAUUUGGAAAAUAGUGAGCACAAAGAUGUAGGUAUCAAAGAUGAGAAUACUAAUGAUGCAGACGCUAAGCAUAAAAAGAUGAAAGCAGGUGAAGUUGCCAAAGACGAUUUUAAGACAUCAAUCUCAUUUUCAGUUCCAUUCGGCCAACGCGAGGCCUGUGUCACUUUUUUGAUCAGAUACGUUUGUAUCAGUCCACAAAGAGCAUCAGAAAGCGAACUUGGUCAAAAGGCUUUGGGAAUUCUAUACGAUUUGUUGAGUCCCGAGCAUUGGCCCGAAGUGAGCAUUAAGCUUAGUUUCUUUGAAAAAUUUUUACUUUCCAACGAUUUAAAUUCGAGCAACUUGUUAGGUUAUUGUCUUAAUGCAUUGGAAGUCCUUGCAGUUGUAUUGGAAUGGAAGCAACCUCAAUGGAUUGUUUCUAAUAUCUCGUAUUUACAGAAAUUGCUCGAAAAGUGCAUUAAGUCUGAUAAUCACGACAUUCUGGAGAUCUUGCAAAGGGUUUUAACAACAAUCCUAGCGGCUAUAAACAACCACAAAUCGGGUUAUGACGAGGAUGAAGAAGAUGACGAUGUCAAAGAAUUUAUUACAUUAUUAACAACAUCAGUUUCUGAAGAUUUGGGCGAUAUGCCUUCUGUGGCUGCUGGUGUUACUUUGGCAUGGACUUUGGCACAAUGCAAGCCAGCAACCUUGGAUCCAUUGCUUCCAACAAUUAUGAAGACGUUCAGUAAGCUUUGUAAAGACCAUAUCACCAUUACUCAUCAAGGGUCUCAAAAUGCAUCAUCUUCAUCAUCAUCUUCUCAGUCAUCGAAAGAUAACACGAACCAAGAGUUUGAAGCCAAAAUGACUACCAAAUUAUUGGAAAAAAUAUUAAACUUGUGUUCAAUGAGAAUUUCUAAUCUCGGCGACCAACGUAGAAUUUUUCUUUCCUUAUUAGCACAAUUGAUUGAAAGGAGUUUGGAUAAGGAGUCAUUGGAGAAAAUUAUUAAAAUUGUUAAAGGAUGGGUGUUUUCGAAAACUGAUUUGUUUCCAACCACCAAGGAGAAAGCUGCUAUAUUAUCCAAAAUGAUGGUUUUUGAAGUACGUGGAGAACCUACGUUGUCAAAAGAAUUUUACCAAAUUAUUGUUGACAUUUUCGAAGAUGAUUUAUUUAGCUGUACCGAGUUAACAGUGCGUAUGGAGCAGCCAUUUAUGGUUGGUACCAGAUCUUUGGACGUUUCCAUUCGACGCAAAUUGAUGUCCAUUUUGAACAAUAGUCUUGAAAAAGAUAUCUCAAAGAGAUUAUACUAUGUGAUUCGGGAACAAAACUGGGAGUACCUUGCAGAUUAUCCUUGGUUGAACCAAGCUUUGCAGUUAUUAUUUGGCUCAUUCAAUAUGAAUGCCGGUAUUGAGUUUAUUUCAGAGGAGAACAAAUUGUCACCGAUUGAAGCAGUACCAUUACCAGCAACAAAGGGUGAUGAUCAAAUGGAAGUCGACCUGUCAAAUGAAAAAUUGACAGAAUUGUUGAAUUCUCAUCAAGAGUUUUUGAAUGAUGUUUGUGAACUUUCUGCUUCAGAUAUCUUUGACCCACUCACUGAUAUGUUUUACCAAAGCAGCGAAGCCGUACAUAGAACAUGGGGUGUUGUUUUCCCAAUUGCAUUCAAGUCAAUUCCAAGGUCAGAAAACCUUGACUUUACUAGGUUUUUAGUGAUUCUUUUAUCCAAGGAUUAUCACACUCGCCAGAUUGAUAUGCGUCCAAAUGUUAUUCAGUCUUUAUUGGAAGGUGUUUCGCGUUGUUGGAAUUUGCAGUUGCCACCUUUUGCCGUUGAGUGUCUUGCCACCAACUUUGACGCUUGGUCUCAAGGAUUACAUAUUCUUGAAAGCAUGACUGAGGAAGCUGUUAAUGCAAAUGCUGAUGUGCGUGAUGUUAUACAAGAUGCCCUCACCAAAUUGUAUGCUACGUUGAAGGAAGACGACAUGUUUUAUGGAAUUUGGAGAAGAAGAGCCAAAUAUACAGAAACUAUUAGUGCAUUGUCUUAUGAACAGAUUGGACUUUGGGACAAAGCCCAGCAGCUAUAUGAAAGUGCUCAAAUCAAAGCCAGAAGUGGCGCUUUACCCUACGGAGAAUCGGAAUAUGCGUUAUGGGAAGAUCACUGGAUUUUGUGCUCUGAAAAAUUGCAACAUUGGGAUAUACUCACUGAUCUUGCUAGACACGAGGGAUUUUCAGAUCUUUUGUUGGAGUGUGGUUGGAGGGUUGCCGAUUGGUAUAAUGAUAGGGAAACCUUGGAUCAUACCGUUAAGAAUGUGAUGGAUGUACCAACUCCUCGUCGACAAGUUUUUGAAACAUUUUUGUGUCUACAGGGUUUUGGUCAAGAGAAGGAGACUUUGCAAGACUUGUCUCGCUUAUGUGACGAAGGUAUUCAACUUGCUUUAAGGAAAUGGCAUGGUUUACCAAAACGUUUUACCAACGCGCAUAUUCCAUUGUUGCACACAUUCCAACAAUAUGUCGAGUUUAUGGAGGCUAGUCAGGUUUAUGCAAGUUUGGUGAGUACCAAUGCACAAAACUUGGAUGUCAAGUCACAAGAGUUGAAGCGUGUAUUACAAGUUUGGAGAGAGAGAUUGCCAAACAUAUGGGACGAUAUCAAUAUCUGGAAUGAUUUGGUUACUUGGCGUCAACAUGCAUUCCAAGUGAUCAACAAAGUGUACAUGCCAUUUAUUCCAAUCUUGCAACAGUCCAACUCUGGUAGUAAUGCAAACUCGUAUGCUUAUCGUGGAUUCCACGAAAUUGCUUGGGUGAUUAAUAGAUUUGCCCAUGUCGCUAGGAAACAUAAUAUGCCAGAGGUUUGUAUUAAGGAAUUGACGAGAAUCUACCAAUUGCCAAAUAUUGAGAUUCACGAAGCGUUUUUGAAACUCAAGGAGCAAGUCAAGUGUCAUUACCAGAAUCCAAAUGAACUAAAUACCGGCCUUGAUGUUAUUAGCAAUACCAAUCUAGUAUAUUUUGCAACGCAACAAAAGGCCGAGUUCUUCACACUCAAAGGUAUGUUUUUGAAUAAACUUAAUCAAAAAGAUGAGGCAAAUAAAGCUUUUGCUACUUCUGUCCAGAUCGAUCUCAACUUGCCCAAGGCAUGGGCCGAAUGGGGUAUGUUCAACGAUCGUCGAUUCAAAGAAAACCCAGAUGAUAUGGUCUAUGCAAAUAACGCAAUCAGUUGUUACUUGCAAGCUGCAGGCUUGUACAAGAAUGGAAAGACGCGAAAAUUAUUGGCAAGAAUAUUAUGGUUGAUAAGUCUUGAUGAUGCUUCAGGCACCUUGGCGCAAGCGUUUGAAAACUUUAGAGGUGAAGUCCCUGUGUGGUAUUGGAUCACUUUUAUUCCGCAAUUGUUGACAUCCUUAUCCCACCGUGAAGCAAAACUUGCUAAGCAAAUCUUGGUGAGAAUCGCCAAAGCAUAUCCACAAGCGUUGCACUUUCAAUUGAGAACUACUCGUGAAGACUUUGCUGCACAACAACGCCAGGCUAUAGAAAUUGCACGCCAGCAAGCAGCUGCAGCAGCUGCAGCAACAGCAGCAACUGGAGCCACUGGAGCCACUGGAGCCCCUGUUUCUGCUUCAGUUCCAGGGUCUGCAAAUAAUUCCGUUGCAUCACCUCCUGGUCCAUCUGCUGCAUCUGCUGCAUCUGCUGGAAGUACUGCUGUACAAACCCCAGUUGCCAAUGCUAAUGGUGUUAGCCUUAAUAAAGCUGAGAACAAUAAUGUUCAAAAUGAACAUCAGUCUCCUAAAUCGAUUGGUUCUCAACCACAGUCUCAAUCUCAGUCACCAGUUCAAUUGGCCAAUGUUCCACACACGCAACAGAAUCUGCAUUCCCACGGGUCUGCACAAGCUCAUCCACAAACUGCUGGACGAGCUCCAUCACAGCCUCAUUUACAAAACCCCCAACAAAUCUCUAUAUCAGUUCCACUUUCUGUUCGUCAACCAUUGGAGCAUGUAGAAGAAAUUAUGGCGAUCCUCAAGACUGCUUAUCCGUUGUUGGCAUUGUCGUUGGAAUCGUUGGUUGACCAAAUCAACCAGAGAUUCAAGUGUACUCCUGAUGAGGAUGCAUAUAGACUAGGCGUUGCGUUGCUCAACGAUGGUGUCCAGUAUAUGAAUAGAUUGGGUAAUCCCCGAGCUGAUGCCAAGUUGCCACCAAUUACUGAGGCCAACAUUACAAGAUUCGCGGAAACUGUGUUGCCAAAGCAGAUUCGCGCUGAAUUUGAGAAAGAUUUGGUUUUAUCAAAGCCCAAUUUGGAGACAUAUAUUACCAAAUUAAGGAAAUGGAGGGAUAGAUUAGAGGACAGGUUGGACAGAAGACCAACAAAAGUGAAUUUGGAGAAUUUGUGUCCUCAUUUAGGUGAGAUUCAUCAUCAAAAGUUUGAAGAAAUUGAAAUUCCGGGCCAAUACUUGUUGAACAAGGACAAUAAUAGUCAUUUCGUCAAGAUAGAGAGGUUUAUCUCUACAAUCGAGUUGGCUCGAGGCACCAAUGCAUGUUAUAAGAGGUUGAAAAUCCGUGGUCAUGAUGGUAGUUUACAUACAUUUGCCGUGCAAUUUCCCGCGGCAAGACACUGUCGUCGUGAAGAAUCAGUGUUUCAAUUGUUUAGAAUAUUCAAUGACAGCAUUUCCAGAAAAGUUGAGACCAGGAGAAGGAAUAUCCAAUUAUUGAUGCCUACUGCGGUUCCUUUAUCUCCCCAUAUCAGAAUAGUCAAUGACAAUGUCAACGAUAUAUCUUUACAAAAGAUUUACGAAGGUUUCUGUAAAAAGAAUGGUAAGAGCAGAGAUGAGCCAUUCAUCUACACUGUUGAUAAAUUGCGUGCGGCUUUUGAUCCAAGAUUGCCCAAGCCUGACUUAGCAAGUAUCCGUGUUGAAAUUUUAAGUGCCAUUCAAACUUUGCUUGUGCCUUCAACAGUUUUGAAGAAUUACUUUUUGGAGUUGUAUCCUCGUUUUGAUGACUUUUGGUUAUUUAGAAAGCAGUUUACUUCGCAAUAUGCUUCAUUUAUAUUCACAACAUAUAUGUUGUGUGUCAAUGCUAGACAACCGCAAAAGAUUCAUGUUGGCAAGAAUUCUGGUAAUGUCUGGACGUCUGACAUGUUACCAUGCAAGAUCCCCAACAGAGCUGCAAUUGAUCCAAAUAAUCCGCAAGCCAAGCAAAUCCCAAUCUUUGUCAAUGCCGAGCAAGUGCCUUUCCGAUUGACACCAAACAUUCAAAAAUUGAUUGGAGAAAGUGGAUUGGAAGGUAUUUUGGCGGUUAAUGUGUUAUGUAUUGCCAGGGCCUUAUUAGAGCCAGGCUCUGACUUGGAGCAAUAUUUAACCUUAUUUGUUAAAGACGAAGCUGUCUCCUGGCUAUCCCAGAGCAAUGAGUUCAAGAAUGCUUCAAUUGCUUCUCAAGAUAAACAAUUGCGCGAUGUGGUGAAGCUCAAUGUCGAAAGUAUUACCAAACGUGUUAUGAACAUGGGCCAUAUCCCAUCGAAUGGUGGUGUAACUACUCAGCAUAUGUUGGAGUUGAUUUCCCAAGCCGUCAACCCACGCAAUUUGGCAGCAGCCGAUACUUUAUGGAUGGCAUAUUUUUAA